UAAGUUUACACUUUAAUCAAUGAAUUGACUUCUUUUGAUGAAAUCUUUGGAAAAGCUUUACAAAAAUCGAAAAUAUUGCUACUCGAAGUGAAAAAGCCACUAUAUUUUCGAAAAUCAAUCAUUUUACCUCUAAAUUUAUGCAUUUGCAGUAUAUCGAUGAGAAUCGAACGCGCUCAGCAUUUUAGGUCGAAUGCUAUGAAUUUUUUAAAUUUAGAUGAAUCCGAGCAGUUGAGAGGAGGUAAUAAUGCUCUUGAAGAAGUCUCGAUGGAGAGGAGUAAGGUUACUGUCAGCCCAAGAGCUAAAUUCACCAGUUUGGCAAAACGAGUACGAAUGGGGAAAAAGAUUGAAAAAGCUUUAGGUAAAGAUAAGAACUCAAUUCAAGGAUCAGUGGACGAUGCCGACAAGCCUCCAGAACCUUAUGUUUGUAAAGGGCAUUUUGUGGAUGAUUUUACCGAGCUUUGUAAGAGAAACAACAUGGAAAGAAUCCCUCCCGUAAUUCUGAGACCCAAGCGUCCACCAUCUCCAAAUUCUGCACCUCCACCGGAAGAGAAACAUAAGGGUUCGAAAAAAGAUACGAAAAGAGCCCAACAGGAAGCACAAAUGUUAGAAACUGAACCUGAACCAGAAGUUGAUGAGUUUGGAGAUCCUCUCCCUAAAACAUUCUUAGUGAAAAACAAAUUCGAAUACUUCAAGCCAUGUAUUCAAACUGAAAUGGAUCAUCCCGAUAAGCAGGAUACAGUGACUAGUAUUUUCAUUAGGGGCUGGAAACUUGAUGUGGAAAUGCUCAGAAUUCUAAAAGAGUGCUGGAUGAAACUUGAAAAACUUCAUACUAUAAAUUUAUGGAAUUCUGGCUUAAAUGGACAAACCGUAGAAACAUUAGCUUCUUUUCUGCUUGAUUGUACAAAUAUUAAAAUUCUUAUCUUGGAUAAUAAUCCUGUUAAGGAACAGAAUUAUGAUCUUUUGUUGAGAGAAGAAUCAAACAUACAACAAUUAUCUUUGAGGCAUUGUAGCAUCAAUGACAAGGGUGCAGAAAAUCUAGCAAAAUCUUUAGGAUCAUUGCAUAAAACAAAUAACAAGCUAGUGAGCUUGAACUUAAACGGGAAUUUCAUAACUGAUCAAGGAGCUAGCUCCUUGGCUCGUGCUCUCCGUCUCAACAGAUGUCUCUUAUCUUUAUCUCUUGCAUACAACCAAAUAGGAGAUCACGGAGCAACUGCAUUUGCUAAUGUUAUUUCUAAGUUUGAAUUGACUCAUGAAGAAAUAGUAGAACGUAGAAAAUUACAAUCUGAGAAAAGUGAAUCUCCCGUAGACUAUAGAAGAUCACCAAUGCCGAAUGGAAGACGAGGCGAAUCCAGAGAUAGACCGGGAAGUGUAAGAUCUCAAAUUAACAUUGAUAAAGGAGAUAAAAAGAAACAAGGGGGUUCAAAAGGGAAGAAAGAAAAGGAAAAAGAAGACGACAAAGGAAAAUCAAAAGGAAAAAAAGAUGAAAAAACGAAAAAAGCCAUAGAAAAGGGUGAGAUAAGUGUUAAUUUUUAG